ACGAUUCUCAGAUUUAACAUAUUGCUUAAAGAUGGUAUUUCUCCCAGCUCCACGAUAGCUGAAAAUGAGAAAAAACCCUUAAGAUGAUUGGAAUACUAAGUGUGGCAAUGUUUCAACGGACACAGCCGUUACUAUCCCAGUAAAUGCUGGCCAUAAAACGCGUUGAUAGCAACCGUUUCUGCUGCUCACGCCCUUUGUGCUGCUCCUUUGCUUCAGUUGCUCCUCGUCCUCCUCCCUAUAAAUUUCUCCAGACCAAAACCACCUCGUCAGCAAAUCAUCUGCAAAAAAAAAAAAACCUGUUUCAAGUUUGCUGUUAGGUUUCUUGCAUUCUCUGAUCCAGAAAAAAAAAAACACAGAAAUGGCAUCGUCCAAUGUCACAAUGCUCGCCUUCUGUGUUGCGCUCACACUAUCAGAGCUUUACACUGACGUAGCAGAAGCAGUGGCACAACCGUUACGGCACAGUCACAGAAAGGCGACGAAGACCUGGUGCGUCGCCAAGCCAUCGGCAGAGGCUGCGGCGCUGCAGGGCAACCUGGAGUUUGCCUGCUCCGAGAGCGACUGCGGCGCCAUCCAAGGCACCGGCGGCUGCACCCGUCCUGACAGCCUGCUGUCGCGGGCGUCGGUGGCGAUGAACGCCUACUACCAGGCAAGGGGGAGGAACACCUGGAACUGCUUCUUCAACGGCACCGGCCUCAUCACCAUCACCGACCCCAGUAAGCAAGCAGAGAGUGGAGUACCUUGCUGUAAGUAAAAACUGUUCAGGGUUGACAUGGCUGAUGUUGUUGCAGGUCUUGGCGCCUGCAAAUAUGCUUGAGAUAGGACUGUGGCGCGGCUAAGCACCGGCUCUGAUGAAAUAAGAAUUUAAGAUGAUGAAUGGUCGCUUUUAGUUUGUUCAUGUGUUACACCAUCAGAUAUGCUAGAAUUUACUCAAUAUGAGCUUUUAUGUCUAAGUAUAAUCUCUAAAGAUCUACCAAUGUUGGUUUUUCUGUCCAAGUAACUUUUUAGAUAA